AUUCCCGACUGGAGGCCGGAACUCAGCGGGUGCCAUGUAGUGAGACCCUCGCGAGAUCUGAGAGUGACUGGAGCAGCCACAGCCACCAUGGGGCCCUGGGGAGAGCCAGAGCUCCUGGUGUGGCGCCCAGAAGCAGUAGCCUCGGAGCCCCCAGUGCCAGUGGGACUGGAGGUGAAGUUGGGAGCCCUGGUGCUCCUGCUGGUGCUCACUCUCAUCUGCAGUCUGGUGCCCAUCUGUGUGCUCCGCCAGCCAGGAGCUAACCCAGAAGCCGCAGCCUCCCGCCAAAGAGUCCUGAGCCUAGUAAGCUGCUUUGCGGGGGGUGUGUUUCUGGCUACCUGUCUCCUGGACCUGCUACCAGACUACCUGUCUGCCAUAGAUGAGGCCCUGGCAGCCCUGCAUGUGACGCUCCAGUUCCCCCUACAAGAGUUCAUCUUGGCCAUGGGCUUCUUCCUGGUCCUGGUGAUGGAGCAGAUCACGCUGGCUUAUAAGGAGCAGUCAGUGCCACCACCUCGAGAGGAGACAAGGGCGCUGCUGGGAACAGUGAAUGGUGGGCCACAGCACUGGCAUGAUGGGCCAGGUGUCCCACAGGCAAGCGGAACUCUGGCAGCCCCCUCAGCCCUGCGUGCCUGUGUACUGGUCUUCUCCCUGGCCCUGCACUCGGUGUUUGAGGGGCUGGCAGUAGGGCUUCAGCGAGACCGGGCUCGGGCCAUGGAGCUGUGCCUGGCUUUGCUGCUCCAUAAGGGUAUUCUGGCAGUCAGCUUGUCCCUGCGGCUGCUGCAGAGCCACCUGAGAGCAAAGGUGGUGGCUGGCUGUGGGAUUCUCUUCUCAUGCAUGACACCUCUGGGCAUAGGGCUGGGUGCAGCUCUAGCAGAGUCAGCUGGACCACUCCACCAGCUGGCCCAGUCUGUAUUGGAGGGCAUGGCGGCUGGCACCUUUCUCUAUAUCACCUUCCUGGAAAUCCUGCCCCAGGAGCUGGCCACUUCUGAGCAGAGGAUCCUCAAGGUCAUUCUGCUCCUAUCAGGCUUUGCCCUACUUACUGGUCUGCUCUUCAUCCAAAUCUAGGAGGCCUCAAGAGGGGCAGGGGAGAUUGGGUACCAGGUGCCCUUAACCCACACCUCCCCUCCUCAGGAAUGGGGAAGGGAAGUAUUGAGGACCAACAAGUUCUCCGAAAGGUGGGGAUGGAGCCUUUGGUACUUACUACCCGGCCAAUGAGAGGGAAGUGGGCUGACAAGAGCCUGACCCUCGGGCCCAAGGGACAAGGCAUGGUCAAGUCACUAGAGAAAUGAUCAAGGGAUAUAGCAUUAGAGAAGACACCGAAUUUUGGAAUCAGGCAGACACUCACUACACAGGGACAAGCUGACACUGGGGAGGCUGGAGGUGGGUACCCAGAUGCUAUGGGAUAGAAGUAGAGAGGGCAAAAGUCCAGAGUCAGCAGUUUUGUUUUUAGCCCAUUUCAGCCCUCUGUAAUUUGGAGUGAACCCCUCCUACUUUUCUUAGCUCCUACUCUCACAUCUAUCAUCCUCUACCCUUCUCCCAAGAUAUUAGUGCCAAGACACAUCCUGCCAGUUUUGGUACCUUCUCUGGCUUCUCCAGUCUGCUCACACUAUUUUUAAAGUGCCAAAUAAAAUGCCCUCCGUCUCUCUCAAAGCACAGUAAUGCACUGAGCCCUGCCUGGCACCUCAGUGAAAGGGGCCCCCUUGCUCCGAAUUUUAGUCCCGUAUCCUGGGGUGGAGCAGAAAUGUUUGCUGAGUUGUGGGGGGAGGGUUGACAGAUCUGCGGGCCUCUACCACUGCUGCACCCUAGGUAUACCGAACAUGGACAAGGUGCCCCAUACCCAGAUGAUAAAUACUGAGCUGCCAAAAAUUUUUUUACCAUAGGAGCCCAAGGGGGAAGGGGAAUAUUCACCCCCAGGGUUAUUUUUUGGGAAGUUAGGGUUGUGCACAGGGCCAUAGUCUCUAGAAUCUAUUUUACUUACUGAUCUGUUUUGGGACAUGUUACCCAAAUAAAAGAUGUUUCUC